AUGGCUCUCAUCGAUGCACAAGUGCACUUCCUAGAGGAACAGAUUGUACUGGUGCACAUCCCAUUGGAACUGUACCCCUACUUCUUAAAGUCUGUUCUCAGACUCAUUUUUGAUGAAACACCACCACUGGAAGAUGAGACAGAUGACGAUGCAGCAUUUGAUGAUUUCGAACACGCUUCGGACUAUGGCUACAAACCACCCGCAUUCAUGAAUAUCUCCAUCACUCCAGUCGAAGUCUCCGUCAUGUGUCCUAGACGUCUAGUCGACAAAUACUUCGUCCCAGUCAUGGAUCAACUCGACCAGUUGGAUGUCUCCCUCCGCUCCCGCCUGGUCGUGAGUGAGAAUGACUACAUCGCCAUGCAAGUCCUCGGCCAAGGUCUAGAAGCCGGCAAGCGGGUCCUGGAAUUAACCAGUCCACUUGCCCUGGCAGGCAUCUCCAUCUUCUUCAUCUCAACCUACUUCUCCGACUAUAUAAUAGUCCCCCAAAAAAGCAAAGCAAGCGUAAUGACCGCGCUAGAAAAAAGAGGUUUCCAAUUCGACAACGCUUCAGCUUUCAUCACCAACCCCCUCAGCCCAACAAUCGAAAGAAGACUCAGCGACCUCAUCCCACCAGGAACACCACCCCCUUCAACUCUAGCCGAACUCCAAUCCCGCACCUUCAACAACCUCCGCAAACACCAAAUCACCCCGUCCGUAGACCACUCCCUACGGCUAGUUCAAUGCGCCGCCCACCACGAAUACCACUCCCAGGAAUCAUCAAUGUCCAUCCUGCGCGACGCACUAACAACAGUCCUCCUCGUCGACGAACCCCGCUUCCUCUCCCUAACCCUCGCAUCCCUUGAUCCAGCAGCUUCCCUCCUCAUAGAGAAGCGUCUCCUCCCCCGCUUCGCACGCCAAUCAACCUCCUCAACAGGGACACCAACAUACGAAGAUGGCUCCGGUCUCCUCCUCGGCUCAAAAGAAGACCAUCUUAUUCCAAUCACCCUCGACCUCCGCGACCUCCCCCUCGAAGCAUCCGGUAUCGUCUGCGGCGUCGCGGGUCGGCUCGCAGACGCAGCUACCUCAUCCCACCAUGCAUUCAGCGCGGAUUCACCCGUAGGCAGUGGUGCUAGUAGCAUAGUCGGAUCAGUGCCCAAAUUGUUUGAUUCUUUCGGUACGCGUCUCGCGGCUCUUUCGAUCGAUAAAAAAUACCCUACCUCCACUUCUGCGCCGUCGCAUGGAUUACAUCCCUUGCCAACUUCGACGCAUCAUCUCCAGCCUGAUGUGGAUGUCGCCGAUGCUGUCGAAAUUAGUUUCUUGAGUACGGCACGUGCCGGCACGAUUAUCGUUGGGGAGGAUGAGCUUAGGAGGGCGAUUGAUGCUCUUGAAGAGGAGAAGAUGCAGUCGCCUAAACUUGAGGGGAUUCAGUUGAACUAG